AUGUCCACCCUUGACCCAUACCCAAUGCUCCCUCAACCUCAAAAACGUCUUACUGCAAGGCGCUCAUCAGCAGCGCAGGACCCAUUCAACAGGCUACAACUUACUCCCGCAGAUUCAGUAUCAAGGCUUACCAUCGUACGCGUUCCUCAACCAGACGAUGCUCCUAGUCGUCCAGGAUCGGUACUGGGAAGCAGACCAGGGAGCGCAGCGAGCAACCGCGACAGCCCACGAGAGCUGAACCGCGUUUCGAGCGAAAAACGACACGAACGCGCCCUCUCAUCUGAAUCAGAUCGCGUUCGACGCUCUUCAUGGGGCAGCGCAGCCAGCGAAAGCAGGCGAACACCCUUCUCUCCCUUUACACCCAUCCACCCAGAUCGCCCCACAGGCACACCAGGCUCAGGCACAGGCUUCGCAGGCAGCUUCAGCCGAUCGCGCGCUCAGACCUCUGCUCCUGCACCUAGGUUGACAACACAGACGCUCACACCGAAGCAGACUGUCGAUCUCGCACUCAGUCUCAAUAAUCCCACUUCCGAAGAAACAGCGACGAUCGCAGAACUCGGAGAAGCAGACUACCUUCCCUUCCUAGACCGGUGUGCCGAAGUUCAGCAGUUGGUCACAUCCCCUGGACCGACGUCCGACCUCUUCAAGCUCCUACGCAAGACGUUUCCUUCCUCUUCUCCCAAUACCCCGCUGCUUCCCCUCCCAGACCCCGCAAAAUGGACGUACGACCAGCUUAUUUAUCACCUCACUCGCGUCCCUCGCUCCUCCUCCCCAGACGCAGACUGGUCUCGCCUUCUUCGCCUCUGCAUCCGCUCCCACAGUGAAGCUCUAUGGGAACGCGUCAAGGGCGCCCUCGGCAUCCCCCCUGAGCUCGAAGUAGAAGACGAAAGGGACGACCCAUCCCAGUCUUGGGAGAUAUACGAUUUUGGUCCGGGCGCUGAUGCCGAUGCCGACCCGGCGUUGCUCUUUGAUGAAGACGAGUACGAAGCCGAGCCGUUUGAAGCCAGGCUUGAACCGGUCUAUCACGGAGGUUCUAGCCCUUUGCUUUCGCCUACGCUGGAAGCAGCACUCAGUCCCAAUCUGAACGCCUUGAGUUCGAGUAUGAGCGGGUUGAUGCCGGAUCUAGCCGAACUGCGCGAAGAGGAAGAAGACGAAGCUAGUGAUCGAGCGAGCGGCCGCUCUUCUCCAGUGGGGAGUACAAAAUCGGGAGAGUCGGCGGGCAGCAGGCAUAUACAUGGGUUGAGGAUCACCACUGCUGCCUCGAUUUCAAGCUCCCACGCGUCUACAGCGGGAACUCCUCCUUCCGUAACUCCUGCAGGCUCAGUGGGGGGCUCGGCGGGUGCGGGGUGGAGCCCGGGGACAGGGUUGGCGGCUGCGGGGUUGUCGAGAGCGUUUUCGACAGGUAGCAUGAGGGGUUUCGGGAGGUUGAAGAUGACCCCCCUCGAGCCUGCGGAGCCAAGGGGUGCGGGGGGUCCGAGCGUCCCGGGUGGAGUAGGGGAGGGGAGGCCAAGGGGUGCGACGGUAAACGUCGGUUCACUUCCUGGCGGACGGACUGAGGGUGUACUUGGACGGUCGGUGCCUUCCCAGUCCCAUCACGUGCAGCCCAUGUCUCGACAACAGCAACCACAAGGAGCGUAUGACCUUGCUUCCCCCCUCGUCUCCCCUCUCAGCAGCCCUCUCAAUACUUCCAACUCAAACGCUCUCAACGCUUCCCUUACCUCCAACUCCAACACCCACACCUCUUCCCCCGACCCCAACCUCGUACACCGUGGCUCGAGCGAAAGGUCCCACGUGUACCACCCCCUGGCCGAACGUGGUCCUGGGAACCCGCUUUUUCCGAGUAGUUUUAGUAGGUUGAGUAUCAGACCUACUUUGAGUGCUAACGAAAACAAGGCCGCCCACCUUCCUGGGCCGAGGGAUUAA